AAUCCACUGUUUGUCUCCCUUGCGCCAAACAUAACAUUCCAUUCACUCCUGCACUUCUGGUCUCUAGAAGACCUCGUCUCAUUCCUCGAACAACCCCGGAGGAUGCUCUUUUCUUCUUCUUCUUCUUCUUCUUCUUCUUCUUCUUCUUCUCCUCCGCGCUCAAUCUCCCUUCCUGCCGAUUGAGUCAAUCGAAAAAAAGCGCAGUUACUCCAUUGUCCCAGUAUCCCAAUUCGACCCCCAAAACCCCCCUCCAAAAUGGACGCGACCCCAACCCUCCUGCGCGUCGGCAUCCUCUCCGCAGACGAAGGCGCGCGAGCCAUCCAAAACAUCUACCUCCCGGCCCUGCAAGCCCUCCCAACCAGCUACCAAGUGAAGCUGCUGUACAACGGCACCGACAAGAACAAAACCCCCAGCAGUAGCACCAGCACCAGCACCAGCAACACCCUCUGCAACGACAACCUCAGCAGCAACGGCACGACGACCCCACCCCCAGACAUCCCCAGUGCCUCCACCCCUCGCGAAAUCCUAUGUGACCCCACCAUCGACCUAAUCCUCAACUUCAUGCCCAACGAAUACCACGAAACCUACACGAUCGCCGCCCUGGACGCCGGAAAAAACGUGAUGGUCGAAACGCCCGUGAGCCUGAGCAUCCCGAGCGCGCGGCGGAUCAUCGACGCGGAGGCGCGCGCGCCCAACAACGCCAAGGUGUUCGUGGCGUGCGCGCGGCGCUACGCGCCCUGCAUUGAGAAGGUCUUCAAGCGCGAAGUCGCCAGUCUGGAUCGCAUCUACUACGCGCGCUGCCGCAAUAUUGCUGGUCCUUGCGCGGCGCAUACCGCCACUGCUCACCAUCACCAGCCGAUUAUCAGGAAGCAGCUGCAGCCGUGGGGAACGAACACCAACGUGAACGCCGUAGCAGCAGCGGUGGACGCCUCGACCACCCAAGGCCAACAGCUCAAACACGGCCUCCAGCAGGAGAUGUUCCGCGGGCAGGACAUCACCAAGGAGCGGAUCGCGCUGUCCUCGUUCCUCGCGUCGCUCGGCUGCCAUGAUCUUGGUCUGAUGCGCGAUACCAUCGGUUACCCGGACACGGUGUCGAGUAUCUCGGUCAACGAGCCGUACUUCUCUGCCGUGUUCCAUUACUCCACCGGUAGUGGCGGGAAGAAAGAACACCCGUUCACCCUGAUGUACGAGACGGGGGUUGAUGCCGUGCCGCGCUGCGAUGCCCAUUUGGCCGUGUAUGGGGAUACCAAGACGGUGAGCGUGUCGUAUGGUUUGCCGUAUGGCACGCGUCAGCCGGUCCGGGUGGUCGUGGAGACGGCGGACGAGAAUGGCGAUAUGAAGAGGCUGGAGACCGUUAGUGGCUGGGAAGAGAGUUACCGCGAGGAGUUGAUCGCCCUGCAUGGCUAUUUGACUGCGGGUCAGUCGGUCAAGACGACUGCUCGUGAUGCGGUCCUCGAUCUGAAGCUGUUUCAGACCAUCUUUGAGCAGUAUGAUCGGCAGUGUGGGACUAUUCGGACUCCGCUGGGUUAAAUGGCUGAUUGUGAAAAAGGAUGGGUGGGUGAGCUUGGUUCGGAUGAAAAAUGGUUGAUUCGCAGGGCUCUAGAAUUAGGGGAUUCGUGCUUUUUUUAUGUUUCAUACCCAGAACGUCAAUGGAAGAGAGUGAGCGCACGAGGCACCAUGAACAAUAUGUAUGUAGUAUCAUUUAGUAUGCUCGGAUUGCUUCU